AGGAUGCCACUCGUCUAUUUCCGCCAAUUUAUGCCCGAGCCCACCCGCGAACGGACCGGUUCGGCUCACAGCUGCCCCUCAGCGCCUCGCGGAAUCCAACUUGCUUGCCGCCCCGGUGAACUAGCAAAUGUCCCCUUCCACCCCCAGCCCUGCACCGUUCCCUAGCCGCUUAAAAACCCUCUCAACGUCAGUGGAACGCGAGCAGCUCGGAGAUUCGUGGUCGCGGUACUGGCAUGCAGCAGCACCGACACGGCAUCAACCCCGGAACGGCGAGUCUCGGGAAAGCAAUACGCAGGCGCGAAUCUGGGCACUGCAUUACGCAAGCGCCAGUACCAGCAUCGCAGUGUGCAUGUGCCGGUAUCGGCUCGGCGCUACGCAUGCGCUACUCCCGGCACAGCACUACGCAUGCCCAAGCCUAUACACUGCACUGCGCAAGCGCUGCCCUCCACACCACACUACGCAUGUGCUACUCGCGCACCGCAUUGCACAUGCGCGAGCCUCGAAAAAGCAGUACGCAUGCACCAUUCUCGGCACUGCACUGCGCACGUGCCUGUAUCGGCACAGCACUACGCAUGCCCGAGCAUCAGCACGGCACUGCGCAAGUGCCACUCUCGGCAUCACGCUGCGCGUGUGCAAGUCUCAGGACCGCAUUGCGCAUGCGCCACGAUCAGCACCAAACCGCGCGUUCUUGUCUCGAGAAGGUUCUACGCAUGCGCCAGCCCCGGGACCGCAAUGCGCUUCACUUGCCACUGCACUGCGCGUGCGGCAACGUGCACGGAUCCUUUCGCAUGCGCAUUUUCGAGUACACACAUACGCGUGCGUUGUUUUCGACUCCUUAUUAUGCAGGCGAUGGGCGCAGGGGCCGCUGGGAGCCAGAGUAGUCUGUUCCGAGGCAGGGUCAAGUGUCAAACCAUCAAAGGAAACGGACAAGGAGCAUGGCCGACUGCGAGAAAACUAUUGCUGAGCCAGUGGUCCAGGAAUUGACUGCUCGCCUGCACCUCAAGGCUUUGUAGCUUGGAAUGCUAGUUAUGAGUUGUCUGGCGCAGGUGUGCUGUUGCCUCGAGGACUAACCAUAAGAAAUUUCGGCGGAUUUGCUGCGCAGCGCGACGAGAACGUUCGUACAUCACUCCCGCAUGCCUGCGGCACCAAACAUACACGGCCGCAAUUCCACCGAUGGGCCCUGAGGGGGCAUCAGGGACCGCGGGAGCAACAGCGCCGACUGGAUUGACGCGGAGCCGCAUCACAGCUUCUGGCGCUCGGUUCUCUUUCUCGUGAGGGCAGAGGAAAAACGCAGCCUCUGAGGUGAUGAAAAAGCUGGUAUCAGUUGGACAGGUGUGCACAGCGAAGCCAAGGAUGGCUAGGAAUGAUUAACAAUUGUUAACG